AUGCUAGCGCGCACAAAACCGCGCCCGGGGACCAAAGCACGCUCUGCAAGUUGCACUGGACGGGAUGAAAAUCACCACAGUGGCCAUAGGCGUCCAGCAAAGCAGCAUCUAAGUCGAUCAGCAUCGAGUGAUCGCGAGCCACGAAGAGUUAGAAAAUCCGGAACGCCCCGGUCUCUCCAUCCGUCUCCAGAACUUCUCACAUCGGAUAGUGCUAGCUACCAGGAGGUCAAUUUGACUAAACGCUCUAGGCCGGCUAGAUACAGCACCCCUCAGACGCUUAAAUUUACCACCGAUGCUACCUGGUCAACGCCAGUUGCUAGGCCUCAGCGACCAGUUCAUAUGUCAAAGAAUAGCACCAUGAGUUCCCUGAUUUCUAAUGCGAUCACCGUCGUCUCUUCUCGUCGCCAACCAAAAGAAGCAAGAGACAAAAACCUAGAUGAUCCUCCUCUUGUGCUUUCAGAGUUAAACAACACAGCGUCCAGCACCCUCUCAGCUGAGGCAACGCAGUUUAUCGUCGAUCAAUUAGUGAAGACAGAUGCGAGUAUCGCAGACCUCACCAGAAAGAUAGAUGGUUUGGCCCAGGCACAAGCUUACAAUGGCCCAGAUGUUUCGUCUUCCGAUCUACGAAGAGCUCUGUCGGACAAUGAUGCUCUACGUGCCCAGAUGAGCUCCAUGACACAAGCAUUUGUCCGCGAUACAGCAGAAACUAGAAGAAAGAUUGCCGCAACGUGCAGUCUUAGCUCCACACUGCGAUCAGCUCUAGAAAAAAGUGCCAUCCAUAGCAUGGAACUAGAGACCAAACUAGCUGCCAAAGAAACACAACUACAGAGGCUCCAAUGGAUCAACAAGAACCUGGCAGCUAAGCUUGCUGCUGCUAAUCCUCGUAUUGGCACCACAAGACCAAGUAGUGCAUAUUCCUCAAAGAAGUUGAAAAGCACGCCCACUUAUGAGACCCCCGAGAAGCGUAGACGUUGCUCGAGUGCACGACAAGAGUCGGGACGUGUGUAUCAAGCUGCAGCACCAGCCAUCGUAAUAUCACAGAGCCUACUGGAGUCACUGGAUGAUGCGCCAGAGCAGAAAAGUCACUUGUUGGAGCAUAGCGCGCAUAUGGAUAGAAGAUCUUCUGCGCACAAUUAUAAUAGACCUUUAACCAUCUCCUAUGGUCUUCCAGAAGUACUUAGUGUAGAGUCUGUCAGACAUUUCUCCCCACCCAGUACUCCUCAAUUACAUGCCAAGUCUCGGCCCAUGCCAGAACUCGAUGCCGUAGUAUCUCAUAAUAAGACAGCAUACACAGCAAGCUCUUUCCGGAAGUCCACGGCAGCAUCUUCUUCGUCUAAGAGGACCUCAGCCCACAAGCCAAGGUCUCCUCAAAGUGCAAGGCAGAGCGCCCUAGAAACAUAUGCUCAGACAGCAUUAGUUAACGAAGUAUCUCUAUGGAAGGAGCGAUGCACAGAAAAGGACUUGCUGGUCGAGUCCUUAGAACGCCAGACAAAUGAAUUAAAGGAGCGCUUGAAGGAGAAGGAGACUCAGUUGGUAUCAGUGCAGCAGCAAACCAUGAAUGUCUUGGCAGAAAAGAAGCUUUUAGUUGACGAGCUAAGCCGAGCAAAGACAGAAGCGGGCACCCGUGAGGCUGUAGCAGUCUCAGUCGAAGGAUUGCCCUCACGGCCACAGUACAGUGAGGAACGGCUAGAAGACAAAGUAGCAUCUCUUGAAGCAGAUCUCUCUUCAAAGGAUAUACUAAUUGCAGACCUAAUGGCUCAACUACAGAGCCUCAAGUCUAAUAAUGAGCAAGCGUCCUCCAGCGAGGCCAUUGUGAGUCCUAGCCACGUGAGCAUUCCCACUUCUAAUGCUGAGAUUCGGACUGGCAAAUCCUCUCCUUCUCCACUAACCUCAACCAGCGUGAUGCAAUCUAUCGAUAACCAUUCUCCUGCAGACAGUGCUGCUGAGCUAGAGACGCAGCUGUAUAAGGUUUGCGCAAAUUCACCUGUGAUCACCCCCUCCCAGCCAUCGAAGGCUCCCCAAACAAAGGCAGACAAAAAGGAGAUCAAGCGCCUCUUGAAGCAGGAAAAGAAGCAGGAGAAGCUUAUGAGGCGCGCUGCAAGUAACUCUAGCACCAGUGCUGGGUCUAAGAAAGGAUCCCGCGCCAGCUCGCGCAGUAGAAGUGCAUUUUCGCACUGUGGAGGCGGGAGUACCCUAAAGACCGAAAUUCAAGAAGAGGUAGAUUACAUUACUGAUUCCUCUAGGAACGCAGGCAUCAUCGCAACUGCAGUGAGCUCGACGUCUGCUCCCAUCAACGAGAUUACAGAAGGAACAUAUACGAAGGUAUCACUUUUUGAUGAAUAA